AUGUCCUCCACACUCUCUUCCGCUUCUACUCUUGAUCCUCUUUCAGUCUAUUACGGAAACAACAUUCCAGCCCAAAUGUCCGCAGUCCGCAACGGUUAUUUGCGAGACCUGCACGAAACAGUUGCGGAUCUCAUGAAUAAAAUCAAUCUUCAAUCUCCGGAGGGGGUUCAAAGGCUCAGAGACGCGGAGGAGACUAUCUUCCAGACCUCUAGAACCGAAACAGGCGAAUAUGUGUGCAGGUACGAAAAUUGCGCGCAUUGUACAGUAAUGAACGAGAACCAAUUCUUGGAUCAUCAAGCAACUCAUCAGCACAUACGCUACCGCUGCCUCAACUGCAACCAAGAAUUCAGAUUUAUGCGGGAGUAUGAACAGCAUCAUUCGGUCAACCACGAGGGAGACAUGAACUUGGAGCUUCCCAUCGCAAAAGAAAAAAAGAAAAAAAAGAGAGAGAGAAGCUACACAUCUCAUCAAAACGCAAUGAGAUUAGAACAAUCUAAGGGCCAGAUUUCGACUCCCUCUAUGCACGACUCACCUAUGCUUAGUCACUCCCUAAUAUGA